UGAGGCAACAACUAAUGAGCACGUUGACUGGUGUACUUGAAACCUAAGAUAAUACUUAGUUGUAAUUUCAGAUUACACGUUACAAAGUACUUCUCCAGUGGUAGACAGCUGCAGGUGCGAGUUUUCCUUCUGAAAAUGAUGUGCUGGUGAUAGAAAUUACGGAAUGCAACUGUGAUUCCAAAACAAACUAACAAACAGAGACAUUUGCCCAUCGUCAUUUAGGAAGUUGGCAGCAGAGUUAGCAUGUUCCAGAUGUAAGUUUUCAAAGUCUAGGGUCACAACAGGGCAGUGUUCUCCCUUCUCUGCUGUGGAGUUUGUAUUUUUCCCUUCCUGUACAGUAGAAGAGGCUGGUAGCACCCCUUGUUUGUUACACACCAUGGGAUCUGGAUAUGUUAUUUUAUCCAUAACAGAUAAUAAUCUAGGCCAUGUCUAUACAAGAAAAUGCUUAACUGAUUUUAAAAAGAAUGAUUAUAAGCCAGGUGCACUUAAAACAGUUUGCCACCUCUUUAAAUUGUUUUUGUAAUUUACAAAAUUCAGCUAAACUGAUUGAAAAGAUGAUAAAGUCAAUUUAAGUCACCUAGUUUAGGGAGCGGGACCUGCAACUUCUCCCUGUAGACAAGGUCUUGCCUAGUAAGUAGGAGGAUCAAUGGCAGGUUAAUGCAAUUGGCAAUGUAAGAAGGUGGAAAAAACAGACUUAUUAUUUGUCUGUGCUAUGCGGUAAACUACUCAGGCAGGGUUUUUUUUUUCUUCAGAGAUCUCUCUACAGUGACAGCUAGCACUCUACUAAAAUUAAUACUAAUAAUAUGGAUAAUGAUGUGCUAAAUUGUUUUCAGUAUAGUUAUUCCAAUUUUACAGGAGUGUGGUAUUGAACUGAAUUUACUCCAUUAAGACAAAUACAUCUGCCUAUAGCAGGAGGCCACUUUGUGCUUUGAGUUAUGUGGGAUUCUGAUGGGAAUCACAUGCUUGUAGCUAAAGAAGAGAUAAAAAGAGGUAGAUAGAGAAGAGUAGACUGUAUUGUUUUGUUUAAAUUUACAGUUCACAUAGCACUUGUUUUUCUUGGCAUGUGUUAUUUGCUACAUGAUCUAAUAAAUAAGCACAGGCACUGAUUGUUUGAAGCAUGCUGAGUGAUGACCCCAACUAGUAAGUAUGCCUUGAUGGAAAACUCUUACAUAGAGAAACAGAACUUUUAUUCAUCAAUGUAAUAUCCGAUUAUUUGCUGUGAAUGAAGGGUUUGAUUCUUCCAUUUCUUGGACUAUUUAAGGAAAAUUAUAUCUAUACAAAGCAAUGGAAUGGUUAGUUCACUGAUUGUGUUUUGAUUUUCUGCAUGUUGGCCCAUUUCUCAUUUUAAUGUAUGCAUUAAAAUAACAGGGAGUGUGCAAUGUCUUUUUUUUUUUUUUUUUCCCCUGGGGUCUUUGCUCAUUGUUUUCUGUCCAAUGGUCAGUGCAAAAGGAGGAAUGGCUUUAGGAAAAGGGUGAUGCCACAGUUGUAGCAGGAACGUAUUCUGUUGAUAUGAUGAGGCAGAGCAGCAAGUACAGUAUUAGUUUCUGCUGUGUUGUUGAAUAAACCAUAGAAGGUUUUGCAAUGUAGAAUACAUAUCCUCCUGCAACUUAUUUCUCCUUUCAGCACGCUUCUGCUUUUCAGCAAGAGUGAGUAAUGCUCUAUUAGCAAUUAAGAGCCAGAUUUUUAAAGGUGCUUAGGCAGCUAAAGAGGUAGGUAGGUGACUAAUAGGAUUUAGGAGCCAAGCUUGAGAAAACUAAGUGUCCUCAGAAAUCUAAGAAUUCUUACAGAAAGCCUUGGAUUUCCUCACUCUACCCAAUCAACUGCGGCCUGCCAUCGUUUCUCUAUUUUACUGAGCAAACUCAUGCCCUGGGAGAACCUCUUUGAUGGGUAUUCCUGGUAAUUCCAGAGGCAGUUCUGUUCUCCACGCAAAUUUCCCUGUAUUUUAUGGCCAUAAAGACAGCACCAUGGAUGUGUCUGCACGCACUGCUUUACCAGCAAUGCACAUCCCUUCCAUGGCGAGUUCGCGCUCCGAAUCAAUGGGUUGCUCUGCACGUGGAACGCAAGUCCAGGUCCUCAAACGGGAGGGAAUCCAAAGUGUCGCUGCAGAAACCAUAGCUCUUUAUAGAGAUGUUGCCCAGGGCAAGGCGGAGGGGCCUCAGGUGGCGGCGGGAACCGGGUUCAGCCACCGCCCCCUCCCGCGGCCCGGUCGCGCUUCCGCCCGCGUCAGCUGACUGCCGCGAGGAAGCGGCGGCGCGAGCCCCGGCCCAGCCCCGAGCCGCCGCCGUCUGCGGAGCACCGUCCCGACCCCCCUCCGCCAUGGCAGGGCUAGUAGUGAGCGGAGCCCAAGUGUCCUACAUUAGUCAAGACUGUGAAGAAAUUCCUGAAUUCCUGGGAAGAAAAUAUGGACAUAUGGCAAAAAGACUAGAUCUUAGCUUCAACUUGUUAAGGUCACUAGAAGGACUGAAAACAUUCACUUACUUGGAAGAGCUGAUCUUGGACAACAAUCUACUCGGAAAUGACCUUCUGCUACCCAGGUUACCCCACCUCCACACCUUAACGCUCAACAAGAACCAAAUAACAGAAUUAGAAAGCCUUUUGGAUCAUUUGGCUGAAGUUGUGCCCUCACUGCAGUAUCUCAGUUUGCUUGGAAAUGUGGCCUGCCCAAAUGAAUUGGUCUGCAAAGAAAAGGAUGAAGAUGACUACCAGAGGUACAGGUACUUUGUUCUGCACAAAUUGAAAAACCUGAAAUUUCUUGAUACUCGGCAAGUAACCAGGAAGGAGAGAGAGGAAGCUCUGGUUAGAGGUGCAUUCAUGAAAGUGGUUAAACCCAAGGAUGCUAAGGCCUCCAGCAAUGCUGCCUCAGUCUCUCCAGAGAUGAGCUAUACACCUCUACCUUCAGGAUCCAGAGACCUCACCAAUCACAGAGGCAUCUUGGGAAAAUGUCGCUACAUUUACUAUGGAAAACAUUCCGAAGGCAACAGAUUCAUCCGAGACGACCAGCUAUAAAACACUGCAUUCUUUCGUGCCACUUCAGUCCCUCCACACGAGAAGCACAAAUUGAAUCUAAAUUUUAAGCCUGUAACUAAAGUCCUCUAGUGCCUUCUGCUGACUUUGCCAGGCCUGUCAAGAUCAUCCUUCCAUCUCAGUCUGAGUAGUCACAUAGAGAUUGACAUGAUUGCCUUUAAGCAGGUCCCAUCCACCAGCGUGACAGACAGCUGUGGCAGAGCACCCAGCCUGACAGGAGGAGCGCAUGAUGGAUUGCCCGGUCCAGCUGCUGCACGCAGGAGAGCCGGGGUCACACCUGGGCCUUCACUGAGCAUGCUCCAUUGGCUGGCGCCACACAAAAGCAGCAUGUUUAUCUCCCCCUCGCCUGUUGAGUGAGAGUGCUGGUGAUAUCAAAGUGUUUAUAAAAGAGUAGGGCUAUAAUUUCAGAUGAAAAAGCCCCUUAUCUGCUCUAAGUUUUUUUUGUUUUUUUUUUUCUUGUGAAUUAAGUGCUUUUGUUUCUAUCAUCUCCUAUAUGCUCACACAAAUCCUCUUCACAGGGUAUUCUUGGUUUUUCCACAAAUGAACCUGUAUGGAUUACUCUUUUUUUUCAACACGAAAAGAUAUAUCCAGAAAAUAUUUCAUCAGUGAACAAUCAAUUUGUAUUUUUGCUUAUAAGGGAAGGAAAAAGAUUUGAGCAGUUUUACAGACAAACAAAAUUUUCUAGUUAUUAAAUAACAUCUCAAAUUUGUUUACCUUGAUCUUCAGAAGAGGGGUCAUUUUUAAUACUGCAAUAGUAGCAUAGGUUCUCUCUGUAGUUGGAAAGGCACUCAAUUACAAUAUUGACAGUGUAUAUUAUUCCUGGUUUAUUAUGCAAUAUAUAUUUUAGUUGUGUAGAGAGUGCCUUUAGAAUUAAGCACUUAAAUUUGGAAGGAAAAAAGGGCUUAAAAAGUGGGAUGUAAAAUAAAAUUGCCACCAGAUGGAUAUGAUUACUCAGCAGGGAAAAAUGUCAAUAAAAGUAACUGGCGGAAUUAACAUAAUUAACAGCUUUACUAAUAUGUUCUGGAGAAAAGUUCAGUGUAAUCCCAAUUUGGAGUCUACAUAAGAAAGGCUACUGUGAAGUUUUCAGUGAAAAACCAACAAUGCAUAUCCUAUUUCUUGAUUCUCUGAGAAACGGAUUGAGAUACUUGGAAUCAUGAACAUCUUUCUGUGAAAAAUGAUCCUGAUAAUUAACAAAUAUAUCAUGUUCAAUGCUACUAGUUACAGUGUGAUUGGCACAGGAAUAUGCAAAAAUACUGUCCUCUGGACUGUUCACAAUGCAUGCAUAUUGUUCCUGGCUGAGUGUCACCACUCUCUGGCUGCGUUUGGCUUGUCUGUAAUUAGAUGGUGCUCUUAAUUUACUUUCCUUAAGGAUAAAUGUUAAUUUUUAGAAGUUGUCCACUGUUUUUGCGCGGAGAAGUGAACUGGAUGUUUAAGCCAAUCACAAAAUUUGAUCUGUGUAAAAUAGUAAGACUGAUGGAGUGACAGAGGAAAGUUUGCUGCUGCUGAGGGUUUGAGGCCUUGCACAGUAACUGGAAGACUUCAUUUACUCAAGAAGUCUGUAAUAAAUCAAGCAGAUACUUAAAAUCAGUGAUGAACAAUAUAGAGUGAUCUAGUUCAUACCACUUGCUACACAAACUGGUGUUUGGAAAGUAGGCUUUGGUCACUUGUAAUGAGUCUGCUAAUGUCCUGCAUAGUUACAAUAGUUACAAUGUCCUGCAAGUUAUCCUAGGAGAUACUAGAGAAAGGAAAACUACAGGCCCAUUUUUUUUUCUUUUUUUUCUUUUUUUUCCCCCAGAAAUAGUUCUUAAAAGUAUUUAUGGCACUUGUCUUCUCUCUUGGCUACUGAAAUAACAGCAGUUCUUGUUUGUUCAUAUUAUAUUGUUCUUUUUGAAGCCUACACGUGUUUUGGCCAUGGCAUAUUAUAAGCAGCAGGUUCUGAAUACGGGUGUUUAGAAUAACCUAAUGUCACUUUCAGUCUGGUUGCAUAUAUGUUCUUGUCUUUAUAAAAGGCUUUAACCCUGCCUCAAACAAUAAACAGCACUUGCAAACUGA